AUGUCUAGCUACAUACCAGAAGUGGCAUCGGUGUUUCCAGACGAGUUGGUCAAGCGGAUCCAUCAAACUGUCGCGCAGAAUGUGAAAUUACAGCAGUUGUUCCUGGAUAUUGCAGUGUUUGUGAAGACACGGCAGACACAAGAUGGCCUGCCCAACGACAAAAAGCGCAAGCUGGAAUAUGACGCCACGGUAACGACUCAUACGAAUGGAACAACGCAGAACGGUCUCACUGAGCCAACAAUAGCGUAUGAGUGCAAGGACGUUAGCUUCCAGGUCCCAGCACGAAAGAAGCUGAAGCUGCAAGUCGUCGCCGAUGCACAGGAGGCAAGCCGGCAGGAGAUUCGAAUGCAGAACCAGCAGAGUAAUGGUAUCGAAUAUGUUCUCCCCAGCCAUUCGAUCGAGCAAGCCUUUUGUCUGCCUGUGCCCGACAAGCAACAACGACAAUGGAACUUCGUGCUUUUCCCGAAACCUGGAGCAAUCACAGCCGAAGGUCUGCCUUCCGAGCAGAUGGUCUUUGCCAUGAACGAGACCAAGCCUGUAGGAGCAACGUCUGCUGCUCAAGCCCCCACUGAGCAUGACACCUUUGUGACUGUCACAGAGCGGGAGCUGAACCGAGUCCUGCAGCCACAAGGCAAGCACGUGGUGAUACCGAACCCGGCAGAGUUUGCCAGUAGCAUUGAGCAGGCACACCGCAAAGGUGAAAAGGCAUACCACGUCAAGGCUUUCCGAGGAAGCAAGGAUGGCUAUCUGUUCUUCCUCUCCAACGGCAUAGUCUUCGGCUUUAAGAAGCCACUCGCAUACUUCCCAUUCUCCGCCGUAAAUGCCAUUAGCUACCAAUCCGUGCUCCAGCGCACAUUCAAUCUUGUCAUAUCAAUACAGGAGGAAACUUCAGCAGAAGCGAAAGACAUAGAAUUCAGUAUGCUCGACCAAGCGGAUUUCGCAGGCAUAGACGAAUACAUCAAGAGGCAUGGUCUGAACGAUGCUUCCAUGGCUGAUGAACGAAGAGCAAAGGCGUACAACGUGAACAAGGAGAAGAAGCGCACAGACGUAGACCCAGACGCCCCAGCUGUUGCUGGCGGCGAGGAGCAGAGCGAGCUGCAGAAGGCUGAGCAGCAAAUGCAAGAUGAGGAAGACGAGGAGGAAGAGGACUAUGUGGCUUCUGGUGGAGAGAGCGAAGGUGAAGGUGAUGAUAGUGAUGAAGGCGAGGAGUAUGACGAAGAUGGAGGACAGGAAGAAGGCAUGGACGAAGACAUGGGUGAGGAAGAUGAUGCUGAAGGCGACGAAGAAUGA